AUGGAGUAUCCGCAAGGAAGUUCGUGUCCCAGCCUCGGCGCGACUGGAAAUCGCGAAGAAAUGGAAAGUGGAUCAGGCGCAUUUCCGCCCACUUCUCGUCGCUCUUCUGGGGAUGAGUCCAUCGGGAAGACGGGCACACUCAGAGAGCUGUCCCAGCAAUCAGACACCGAAGAAGGAAGCGACUGUGACUUUGCUUCGAACGAUAGCUACCCUGUCCUCCGAAUCGAAGAUCUCGAACUGCCGGAGAGUGCCUACUCUCCCUUGGGGCCUCACUCCUCAUUCACGUCUCCCCGUCUAGGCUCUUUCUCGCAGGAUACCGCGGCACCUCUCGCGACAGCGCUCCUGGACGACUGCAAGGGGCCUUCCUUCGCGAUGACAGCCGUGGAAUGGCUCGCCGAGAAGGCGUCUGCGGUUUCAUCUCUGACCGCACACAGCGCGUCUCUGCUGCCUACAGCCUCAGCCGAAGGUCUGAGCAGCUCUCCCCCUGCUUCACCGUUUCCUGCGUCGGUCCGAUUGUUGUCUAACUUAUCUUCUGCCGACUCGCCUCCUCUCGUGCCCUUCCGCGGCGCUCAGCUCAAGCAGUCUCUGUCCCCACUUCCGGCUCGAGCUGGGAAUGGACUGGAGCUCUCCGUCCCCUCCCCCUGUCUGACCUCCAACUCGUCGUCUUGUCGCCUGCAACCGGCCUUCGCAGAGCCGGACUCUCCCCCGUUUCCCGCUUACUGCCCGGCCCCCCCGUCCGCUCAUCCUCCUCUGUUCCCCCCAACCUCAACGGAGCCUUGCAGUGAUCGGCUCCGAACCUUUGUCCGCAUUCGGCCCCUGCAGAACGAGGAGCUUCAAUCCGAAGAUAUCCUCGUGGUGGAAUCGGCAACGCGCAUUAAAGUCACUGACAAAGUGCACGAGAGCCACGGGUGGACGUUCGAUGUGGACCGGGUUUUCGGGCCCCAAGCGACGCAGGAAGACGUCUGGAACAAUGUGGCGACGUGCGUCGAGAAAGUCAUUGACGGCUACAACUGCACCAUUUUCGCCCACGGCCAGACAGGAACAGGAAAAACCUACACGAUGCUGGGGCCGGACAUGAUCGAGGGCUGCAGAGGGUGCGAACUCCUCUCCGGAGAGCAGUCCCGUGACUACGCUGUCUUCAAGCAAGCGAACGCCCAUAGAGUGCAGACUAUCCACCGGCUAAUCCAGCACCACACCAAAAUUCAUCAGCGAUUUGGAGCGGAUAACGAGAACGUUCAGGUCUUCGCAUCCUAUGUCCAAAUAUACAACGAGAAGCUCGUGGAUCUCCUCGCGCCUCCAAACUCUCACGCCUCGUCUCUCGUUAUUGUCAGCGAUAGACACAAUCCGAACUCUGUCGUUGUUCAGGGUCUGCAACUUUUCGAAGUGAAAUCAACAGAGGAGCUGAUACAUCUCCUCAUGGAAGGGACCAUCAAUCGCGCCUUCCGAGCUACGAAACAGAACGACAUGUCAGGCCGUUCUCAUGCGAUUUUCCAAGUGGAAGUUCGCCAGACUGUGAACGGUGAAACGAAAACGAUGAAACUCUCUAGGCUGAACCUUGUCGACCUUGCGGGCAACGAACGCUGUAUGCGGUCGCGAGCGACGGAGAAGAUGCACGUGGCGGAAAUUGGAGCGAUCAACAGAAGUCUGUCAACGCUGACACUUUGCAUUCAACAACUCGCGCAGGGCAAGAGUGCUGUCUCUUACCGAUCGUCCAAUUUGACCCGCCUGCUUCAGGAAUCCCUCGGGGGCUCGUGCUGGACAGUCUUCAUCUGCACCAUCUCGCCCUCCGCCCUGUUUGUUCGCGAGACGCUGUCGACCCUUCGCCUGUCUGUCCGAGCGAAAACAGUCAAGAUCACCGCCAAACUGAACGAGCUUACCAGGUCUCCAGCGGGCCACAAAAGUCUUCAGAGAGAAGUUGCGUUCGCUGAAGUUCUGGCGAGACACCAGCGGCAGCCGCCGCACCAGCGAUCCCGUGGUGGGCAGGAUGGCAGCGAGCAGAGCAGAGGCAGGAAGGUGGGACCGAAGAAAAUCGGUCCUGCAACGUGGAGAAUGAAGAGCUGUAAUUGUGGCGCGCGAGGCGACGCGAUGAGUCAGCCUACCCAGUACGACAGUUUUGCACGUUGCGGAAGCCACGCCACUGAAUCGCGGACGUCCUCAAAUUUCUGUUUUGUGGCCGUGAACCAAGUCUCGGCCUCCGCGGUUCAGCACCCCUUCCGUCGCGAGAUCCUCGGGACUGGGGAAAUGCAAGACGGGCGGUUGAUACCAAAUCUCCGUCUUUCGACCCAGAAAGUCGAGUUUUCUGCGUUGGCCGUUCUUGAGAGCCCAUCACUUCCUCAACGCUUGGACCGCGUCCCGAAUUCUAGCAAUGUCGAGGCGUCCGUUUUCUCUCACGUCAGCGAUGAUUCUCUCAAGGCACGAAAUAUUCGAACAGCGGUUCGGUUUUUACGCAAAGGGCUCCAGCGCUCCAUUAGCUGCCCAGAUCACACCGACGGCACUUCCCUCACCGAGCCUACCCCCAGGUGUGCCCCUCAGGCCAAUUUGUCUCACCACGCCUGUCGCCUUCCCGGCCCCGUCCAGUCUUGCUCUUCCGCUGGACAAAACGACGCAUUUCACACGGGGGUAGAACGAAACAAGAAAGACGAUACACUCGAGAAGACGUGCAGAGGCCGCGGCGAAGAACGUCGAUCGAGCUCUGGCUUCCAAGGGGAGUUGGCAGACAGACACCGCAUCCCCUGCGAACGGAGAGAUCGACCUGGCGAGUCAGUCGAUCUGUCAUCUGACGUAAGCGAGGAGUGGUCAUCUCCACAGUCCAGGCGAGAACCGAGUGACCCGCACUCCUCCACGUCACGCGCGCAUGCCCUCGAGUCUGCAAACCAUCUCAGCAGUUCUGACAGUCGAUCUUCAUCCCUUUCAGCAGACAAGAUUCAGCGCAUUCAUCAGAAGGUGCAAGACCGCAGAACGUUGCAAGCCCUCUUGAAAGGCCAAGCAGAACAGAUGCAUCCCCACGCUUGCUCGACGUUGUCCGAGGGCAGUGCCGCGCCUGGCGUAUGCUCAACCCUUGACUCCGCAAGCACGGAAGCAGGGAGUGAGGCAGCCAGAGAUGGAACAGGUACACACGCAGGCGACAAAGGACCCGAAUAUGACACCGAGCAUCAGCAGGUCCAGGAGGCGCUCCAGAUUCUGAGGUGCUGGCUUGAGCGAAAGCACCGAGCAACAGAAAGCCGAAAAGAGGAGCACGUGCGUGAGUGUCUCCACGACGGCCAGCGUGAGGCAGCGACCCGAGAAGGACAAAAUCGGGGAGAAGGAUUCGCACGCGACAGUGACAAGGAAUUGCAAACCAGGACGGGUGCAGCCACUCAAGGAAGCCUUGCGACAUCCAGCCUCCGGACUGCGCCGGUAUCAGCGAAGCACGAAAGUCUUCCUUCGGCACUGUGUUCCAAGAAACGUUUGGAAGGGCAUGUAGACAUCGACGAGGAGACCGCUGAAUACCAGACAGAGGCAGGCGACGAAUCGUCCGAAGCAUCCGGAGAGCUCCAUGAAGAUAGGGAGUGCAGUGAGUAUGACUGCGAGCCAUCCGCAUCUCCACCCUAUUCCGCUGUCAUGCACGGCGGCCAGAACCAAAACGAUGUUCAUGCGGCUAAUCACCUUGCCUGUAUCCAUCCUAGAAGCGUCACAUCGUCAUUGCUUCCAACGCGGCACAACGCUCGGUAUUAUAGAGAGGCAGGUUCAGUCGAGUUUCGUGUUUCUGGACGAGACCCAGGCGACUGGCACGGCAAACACCACGAGGUGAGGGCGAACCCAGACAGGUGCGAGCACGAGAGACGAGAAGCUCAAGGCCAUCCGGGCUAUAGCGGAGGGCCAAGCUACGGCGAGCGUUCUGCCCAGCCAUAUCUAUUUCAGGCUCCUUCCCUAGUUUCGGGUGCUCCCUUUUCAGAGCCUGUGACCGCAGGCACGUGCGGUGGUCCUGUUAAAAUCUGGCCGUUUGAUCAUUCGUGCGCGUCCACUCCGCUUUCUUUUAAUGGCGAAUGCGCCCCACGAGCAUCCGCACGAAGCGAGUGUGCCCAGCCAGCCGCCGAUCGACAAGCGUUUUCCCCAGACGAACAGAGACGGCAGCACAAUGAACCUGAGGAGGUAAACCAAUAUCCGUAUGCACUUGCUCCGACGCCACAUCCCGCCUUCGAGCAUCAAACUCAGCGGAACACCCUUGUGGACAAGCAGUCCACGGAACAGUUGUGGCAGGGAACCCUUGGCAACGUGGAGGUCCAGACAACCACCACGUAUCUCCCGCCUACUUCGCACCAAUCCCAUGAUUUCAUGGCUUCCGCUCGACCUUCCCUUGUCGCCGAGCAAGCAGGUCACAAUGAAUCUGCCGUGUCUCGUUCUGUAGAGAGCUACCCUAUUCCUCUGAGAGAUCGACAGACAAAAAUGGUUUCUUCAUCUCCUGGCUUGCAAACAAAAUUUUACGCUCAAGCACAAACGCGUGAGUGCCCUAACCCGGACCGCCAUGAAAUCUACAGCAACAUUACGACCGUCCCUCCUGAAACUGCUGGAUGCUUCCUCCACAGUGCGGCCCGGCAAUCCCUACCGUCCUUCCCUCCGCAAUACACGCUGGGGCGUUCGCGUGUCGUUGGCGCCGGCUCGCCGUCAUUCCGCGGUCUCCCAGGCGAUUCUCAGACGCCUCGGCACGUCCCACAAUCUCAAGGAUUCUUGCAUACUCAAUCGUCUGCAGGUUCUCGAAUGGAUGGACUGGGCAGCUGCGACCGGCUCUCUAUGCCAUCUUCUCCAGUGGUGGAAGAUCCAUCGUCUUUCCGACAAACGGACGGAUCGUUACCCCUCCCCAGUGCCGGGGGACCCGUAUAUUUCUCCGCCUCGGCGGGUCCCACGCGAAGUUCUGAGACUGCGCAAACGAGACAGCUCCGGCACCUUCACAGCUCGGUUCCAUCGACCGGCUUACACGCCACCCGGGGGGGGUACGAGGACAUGUUCAUCCCUUCCCUUCCACCGCAGCGUGAUAGCGCCACCGCGCAGCCGCAGCACCUGCUACUCCGCAGCCAGCAACAGCUGUCUUGCCACUCCUACUCUCGUGGCCAGUACUUCUCGAUGGCCCAACCUUCCAAGCAUUUGUCUGCUUCGGUGGGAUCCGAGACACGUUCGCAGCUAGGGCCUGGAAUAAUCCUGCCGACCCCGCAGUUCCACAGAGCAGGCAUUGAGCAAGGUCACGGUACGUCAGCGGACAAGGGAAUAGACUGCCGCUAUCGCCUUCCACCACUCCCGCCGCAAACGCCGCACAACCAGGCGCUGUCAGUCGAACAAAGGGUACAUCUGCCCACAUCAUUCGAGGCCGCAGCGUAUACGUUUUGCCAGCCAAGUGUGUACAGGGGACAGCGGUCUACCACGCUCCUACCGCAGGCGACCACUGAAGUGUCUGUGGCUUCAACGUUGAGCCCUCUCCCACGUAUGGCACGGCCGCCGUUCUCUCAUUUUCCCCCAUCCCCCUCAGGUUCGGAGAUGUGUCAGGAGCGAGGCCCCACGCAGUGCUCCGGCUAUCAGAUCCAGUUUGCUAGGGGAAUGCAGCAACGUCGUCCUCCGAACGGAAGCGACCCAGGCGUCCCGGCGCUAGGUGGAGCAGGAUGCGCGCCAAAGUUCACUGACGUCUCGAAUCCACCGGUGGGUCCCUCCGCGUAUAACCUUUCAGCGGAAUCUUUGCAAUCGACUGCAAUUUCUGCUCCUGCCUCACCGUUGCAAGCUUCUCGAUUGUACGGCUACACCGUUUUGACGGACGACAGGCGACGUGUCGCUGUAUCACAGAGUCAGUCUCACAGUCGGCCGCUGCGAGACAUCUGUUAUCUUUCUUCUCCGGUCCGAGCACGUCCAGACUAG